AUGAACAACCGCUCACAUCUUAGAAGGCCCUCAAAGGCACAGGUCUCUCGUUUAGAGGCAGAAAACCAGCAACUACGUCAACAGAUCACCGCUAGCGAGCUUCGUUCAGAGAGCGCAACCACCCCCACGGAAACGAGACCCGGCGAUCCGCGGCAAGAAUCGCAAGAACCCGGACCACUCGGAGUCACUCCGAGACAACCAGAGGUUGGAAAACAAGCAGCAAGCGUUGAUCAGGCGCGGUCGACUGUAUCGCGGAUUUUUAUCUCCCCCAAUGGUGACUCAAGCUACCAUGGGCUCACAAGUACGCUGUUUGAUGAUGCACCGCUGGACCGACGCAUCCAAAUGCGGUCAACCGCCCCUCAAGUUCCCGUGGAGCACAUUCAAAAACGAUUGAUGGGGGAAUCCGCCUAUCAGCGCCAAUUAGAGAUGAUGAAUAUGCGGGAAGGGAAGCUUGAUUUCGAUGGUGUCGAUCCAGAGUUGGGGAUGCAUUUGCUGUCGUUACAUUGGAAUCGUCAGCACCAUUCCUUCUUGAUCACCUAUCGCCCGGCAUUUAUGCGGGACAUGGCCAGCAGUGGACCUUAUUUCUCCAAGCUCCUCUUGAAUGCGAUAUACUUUGGAGCAUCCAAAUUCAGUAAUCGCCCUGAAGUGCGCCGUGACCCAAACGAUGUCCGCACUGCCGGGUGGACCUUUCGUAUGAGAGUCAAGGAACUGCUAGGCAGUGCACUUGAUCGGAGUGAAAUCACCACAAUACAAGCACUACUUGUAAUGACCAGCUCCUUGUUUGCCCUGGGUGACGAACGAAGUGCCGCAUGGUUAUAUGCCGGAACAGCGUUUCGGAUGAUCAUUGACUUGGGUCUUCAUGUGGAUGCUACGAUGUUGAUCAACAUGCGUCAACUCUCGGACGAGGAUCUGGAAAUUCGCCGGCGUGUGUUCUGGGGCGCCUUUGUGGUUGACAAAGUGCAAGCACUUUACCAGGGCCGACCAGCCAGUCUGCAAGACUUUGACACAAAGGUGUCACUGUCUUUUCUGGACCACUAUGAAGAGUUGGAACAUUGGCAGCCGUUUGCUUAUUCGGACGCGCAACCUUAUCCCGGGUCUCCCGCUUAUAGUGUUUCCACUUUUACGGAGUUGUGCAAGCUCUCUUUGAUCCUGAAUGGUAUCCUGAACAAAGUGUAUUCAGAGCGAAGCUCGAAUCGAACCCCCCAAGAGCUUAUGACAACCCUCAGCUCCUUGGACGCACAGUUACGGAACUGGCAGCAAGGGCUUCCUCGACAUUUACAAUUUAGCAACAGCACGAUCCAGACAACACCACCUCCUCAUGUCAUCUCCCUUCUAUCACUCUACAACGUUCUAUUAAUUCUUCUCCAUCGGCCAUUUGUUGCAGAAGGGCAUCUACAUACUACCGAUCCAUCGGUAGCAGUUAGCUCAUUCACCACCUGCACUGCAGCUGCCAACCGAAUCAUCAAUUUACUUCAAGCAUAUGACCACGCUUUUUCUAUACGAAGAGCUCCGUAUCUGAUAUCAUAUGCCACCUAUGUCGCGGCGACGAUACACGUUCGAGUGGCAGCUCAACGAGAGGGUGGCAGUCGCUCUCAUACUAGUUUGCGAGCCUGCCUCGGCAUCUUUCAAAAGAAUGGCGAGACCAACUGGGCUGUGCGCAGGGCUCAAAAUGUGAUAAUACAUUUGAUGGAUCGAAUGGGGGUUGACCUGAAUGACCAAAAUCCAGGAUUUCCGAGUCAUAGCCAGGGGACAUCCGAUGCUAUCGAUGACGGCAUACCCAGAGGGCAGUCAACCAGUAUACCGAGCAUUGAAAACAACAUAUCAUUCGGGCUUGCAGCUUCAUCAACCCAAGAAACUCCAGAAAUAGAGCCAUCGGAGUUGGAUAUGGAUAUGAUCAUUCAAAGCUUCAUUCGACAGCGCAGCAAACCUCCUGAGGCCCAGGCACUGUAUGAAGGUGCUAACAGCAACUUCCUGGCUUCUGGAAUAGCCCCAUUUGGUACACCGGGGACUUUUACUCCAGCCCUAUUGCCUAUUCAUGAUGAAACAUGCCCACAAGAAUGCUUUGACGACGACAUGCUAUUUGGGCUUAACGGUUCGCCAUGGAACGGCGUGCAGUACAGUUAA